CUUUCCCUUGCGCAUGUUCACCGUAAAUAGGAUAAAUUUUCUCUGUAUAAUAUAUAUUUAUAAAGAUCCAUCUCGCAUGUCGUCUUAGAGAGUGAAAAAUCGACAUGGACAUCACUUAACUCUCUCGUUUUCCAUUUAUGUAGAAUGUAUUGGCUGUGUCUUGCGGCAUUAACUGCGACCGUGGCAGCGCAAGGUUCUUACGAUUUGGAACCAAGAGUGUCUUUUCCCGGCAAAUCGUCCAGCUUAGGGCCACUCUACUCGUCUGGCCUUAACGCUGGUCAAGGUUUUCGCGAUAACAGUUACGAGGAUAACAUUGUAACACCUACUCCUUCCCCAACGCCUGCCUACAGAAAUCCAAGCAGUCAACCAUCUCUUUAUCGCAAACCAUCGGCUGCAUCUCUUGAUCAAACAGGUAUCAGAGUGAAUGGACCUCCGCGUGGUAUUCUUCGUGGUGGUCAACCACAAAAUCCAAAAGAGGCUGAAGAACUUGAAGAAAAAGAAGAACCCGAUCGUUUGACUCUUCUUUUACCGCAAAGUAAAUUUGAUUGUGUGAACAAACAAACCGGUUAUUAUGCCGAUGAAGAUCUUAAUUGCGAGGUCUUCCACUAUUGUCAAGAUAACGCGAAACAUUCUUGGAUUUGUCCCGAAGGAUUUACAUUCCAUCAGGUUCAUCUAAUUUGCAUGCCACCAAGUGGGGACAUAAACUGUAAGAAAAGCUCGCAAUAUCACUUCGUUAAUGAAUAUCUUUAUAAACCAUUGAACUUGGCUGAAGCUGAAAACAAACCGAAUGUGACCUUGAGAUACAGUGAAAGAUAUUUUCCGGCAGACAUUCACCCGGAUGAGCGUGAGAUUGGCGACUAUCAGAUUACUCCUUCUGCACCUAUUCGCCGUCCCACUCCACCAGUAUACGCAAAUCCACAAUCAGCUACAUUGAAUAGUAUUCCACCAUCAGCGCGUCCACAGCCAACCAAUCUUCCACAAUUUCGUUUACCAGUGAAUCAAGUUUUUCGUAGUCCCGAGGAAGUGAACAUUCCACUCCAGCACAGACGUCCACAACCUCAACAUCAACCUGUGAGAAGAUUUCCUCAAGUACGACCUGAUGAUGAAGAAUACGAAUAA